GGAGGGAACAUAUUGCGGUACUGCGAGGGUCUUUGCGCCCCCCACGUGUGGGCAAAAAUCACGUGGCGACUCUCUCAUAUGUUCUGCAUUAGGGGGAGAACAACUCAUUUGCACGGAGCGCUGCCUCAGCUGCUGCUGAGGUGCCACAAUCGCGGCAGCUUGUCGGCUCCCAAGCCCGUGAGACGCGAGCCAUAAACCGUAGCCCGUUAGCCUCCUCCCUGGCAGUUGUUGCUCUGCGGGAGCCAGGGUAGGAGGGAGGCGGGUCCAGGAGCCGCUGGGGCGAGCCCCGUUGCUCUGGGGGCUCCGGGGUGGCGGUGCUGCCCGGCACUGCGGAGCCAAGUGAGGAGCAGCGGAGGUGCAGAGCAGGCAGGGGCAGGCGGGGCUCGCCGAGCUCCGCAGCUCCUCGCACGCGCCGCCGCGCGCACAGCUCCGGGGCCGCUGCCUCGCCACAGCGCGCGUCUCGCUGCCCGCUAGCAUGAGGAGGAAAAAACCCCUGGAGCACGAUUUCUGUUCCAGCUAAAAACCGGACCGGGAGCAACCGACAGGCUGUAACCCCCGCCCCGGGGCUUGCAGAGGAAGGGGAGAAGCUGCCAGCCCAACAGGGGGUCCUUCCUGCUGAGCUCCCUGGGGCUCUCUCCUUGCUACCAGCCGCCGCCGGGGGAUAACGGGGGACCCGUAUCUCAAGCCCUCCUGUAAGCCGCAGACCCGGGGCUGAGAAGAGAGGGGAGCAGCUCCUGAGGCGCAGCUAGGAAGCUGCCUCCUCCCGGGGAUUGGGGCGCCUCGCCGAUCGCCUCUCCGCCCAUGUGCUUGACUUGUGUCCGGCUGGGGGUGGCUGAUAGUGAGAGCCCGGCCAGAAAGAGACUCCCUUGCUGCAUCUUGCUGGGUGGGGGGAUUAGGAAGGCUGCCCUUCCCCGUCUUUCUAGGGGUGCACUGAGCCUGGGAAGAGAUACCUUUGUGCCCGGUCCUCGCCAAAGGAUAGCGCCGUGGAGGAGGAAGACAGGGAGGAGAGGGGCAAGUAUCUGCCCCUCUCAUUGCAGGCUUUGCAGCUAGUUUGCUCGGAAUACAUCCACUUUCCUCCUCUGACAUGCAGGUGCAGCAGAGGGAAGUGGAAUAAGGGAGAUACAGAGCAAGCGAGCUGCACAAAGGUAAAACGGGACUGCAUGUCUUUGUGUGGCUCUUGGUUUUGGGGGGGGGGAAGGGAAGGUUCUGCCUGUUAAAUAGGGAGCGUUUGGAAAGUAAGGGGCUGCAGAAAGAAAAAGAGGAAGCAUCUGAAAAAAGGAGGGGAGUGAGGAGAGAAGCAGGAAGGGAAAGAAAAGAGGAGGUAAGGAGAGGGAAUAGGAAAGAGGAAGGGAGACGGAAAAAUGCAGAAGGGCAGAGAAACAGGGAAGGAAAGAGGCAGGGAGAGAGAGGAGCAGAAAAGUAGAGAGUGAAGGGGAGCAGCAGACCCUCCCCCUUGUGCUGUGCAAGCCCAGAGGUGCCUCCUUUCUGGUGACUCUGGCUAGCCCCUCCGUAUUAUGUCUGCACUCCGAAGGAAAUUCGGGGACGAUUACCAGGUAGUGACCACCUCUUCCAGUGGCUCAGGCUUCCACCAGCAGCAAGCUGCAGCAGCAGCUCCUAGGAGAAAGAGACAGCGAUUUGUGGACAAGAAUGGCCGUUGCAAUGUGCAGCAUGGCAACUUGGGCAGCGAGACAAGCCGCUACCUGUCGGACCUGUUCACCACCCUGGUGGACCUCAAGUGGCGCUGGAACCUCUUUAUCUUCAUCCUCACGUACACUGUGGCCUGGCUCUUCAUGGCCUCCAUGUGGUGGCUCAUCGCUUACAUGCGGGGUGAUCUGAACAAAGCCCAUGAUGAUAACUACACUCCCUGUGUGGCCAAUGUCUACAAUUUCCCCUCUGCCUUCCUGUUCUUUAUUGAAACUGAGGCUACCAUUGGGUAUGGCUACCGCUAUAUCACUGACAAAUGCCCCGAGGGCAUCAUCCUCUUCCUCUUCCAGUCCAUCCUGGGCUCUAUCGUGGAUGCCUUCCUCAUUGGCUGCAUGUUUAUCAAGAUGUCACAGCCUAAGAAGCGGGCAGAGACACUGAUGUUCAGUGAGCAUGCUGUCAUCUCCAUGCGGGAUGGCAAACUUACCCUUAUGUUCAGGGUAGGCAACCUUCGCAACAGCCACAUGGUCUCCGCGCAGAUCCGCUGCAAGCUACUUAAAUCUCGGCAGACACCUGAGGGCGAGUUCCUCCCUCUCGAUCAACUUGAACUGGAUGUAGGUUUUAGCACAGGGGCAGAUCAACUUUUUCUUGUUUCCCCACUUACAAUCUGCCAUGUGAUUGAUGCCAAAAGCCCCUUCUAUGACCUCUCUCAGCGAAGCAUGCAAACUGAACAGUUUGAGAUUGUCGUCAUCCUAGAGGGCAUUGUGGAAACAACUGGGAUGACAUGUCAAGCCCGAACUUCAUAUACCGAAGAUGAAGUUCUCUGGGGUCACCGUUUUUUCCCUGUGAUUUCCUUAGAGGAAGGAUUUUUUAAAGUAGACUAUUCCCAGUUCCAUGCAACAUUUGAAGUCCCUACUACACCUUACAGUGUGAAAGAACAGGAAGAAAUGCUUCUUAUAUCUUCCCCUUUAAUAGGGCCAGCUGUAAGUAACAGUAAAGAAAGGAAUAAUUCUGUAGAAUGUCUAGAUGGUCUAGAUGACAUUAGUACAAAGAUACCCUCAAAACUGCAGAAAAUAACUGGAAGGGAAGACUUUCCCAAAAAACUGCUAAGGAUGAGUUCUACAACCUCUGAAAAGGCCUACAGCAUCGGGGAUUUACCUAUGAAACUUCAGCGAAUAAGCUCAGUUCCUGGCAACUCAGAAGAGAAACUGGUAUCUAAAACUACAAAGAUGAUGUCAGAUCCUAUGAGUCAGUCUGUGGCUGAUUUGCCACCAAAGCUUCAAAAAUUGUCAGGAGGAGGAGCUAGAAUGGAGGGAAAAAUUCCUCCAAAGUUGAGGAAGAUGAAUUCUGAUCGCUUUACAUAACAAGAAUAGACAUUUAGAUAUUAUUUAAAGUUUGAAUUACUAGUCAAUCCAAUUUGAGCAGGAAAGCAUACCCUCUGGAAAGAGUCUUAUUGCUAAAAGGUGAAAGUUUCCUAAGCACUACAUGCAAACUGGGACAGCAGUGUUCUUCCCAGAUAAUGUACUGUAAGUAUAAUGUUAUGAUGAAAGACCUGAAGUCCCGACUGAGGUCAGAGGAGAGCUAAUAUUAAUUGGCAUGUAGUAUCACAACAAGCAUGCAAUAAUAGUGUGCAAUUUUUGCAUAUAGUUUUCUGGCAUGAUUCUUACUAUAUUUAUAUUGUAUAUUCUGAAAAUAUGUAAAGGGGGAUGUUACUCUCACCUAUAUUUCUUAAGGGUAAGUUGUAGGUAAAACAUAAGUAGGAAAUUUUCAGGACAAGUUAUAAUUUAAUUUAAAGUGUAUUCUUUUUUCUGAUGUAGAUUGUGAUGUUUUGUUCAAACAAAGUAGUUAUGGUGCAUGUUUUCUUUCUUAAAAUGAGGCUAUAAGCAUUAGUCAAUUCGAAAUACCAAAUUUCUUAGCCUUAAAUUAUUUGCCAUUUUAUAAUUUGCUUUAAUAUUUUCUUCAUUUUUUUUCUGCCAUUACAAUUCUGGGAGAAUUUAAAGUGUACUUUAUAAGAGGUGUUAGCAAAAAAAUGUAAUAUUUAGGGCUGGGCAAAAUAUCUACAUUUUAAGUACAAAAUUUAAAAUAAAAUAAUGAGAUCAUUUUGUUUCAUGACUAAUAAUAUUUGUGUAACAAAACAUUCAAAAUGGGCACAUUUGCUUGAUUUUCUAAUGUCCAUAGUAUCAGCCUAAUAGGAAAAUGUAAAAUCAACUACUUAGACUUUCUGAGUGAAAUUUUGUCUCGAUUACAUCAAAGGCAAAAUACCGAUUAGCUUCAAUGGGACUGGGUUUUUACCCUCCAUAUUUAGGACAAAUAAUUCUGAUUGUGACAUUCCAAUUUGAUUGGAAAACUAAAGCAAAAGAUUCUGCAGACUCUUGGGUUUUCACCCUCCAAAAUUCGGACAAAUAAUUCUGAGUGUGCACAUACUGUUACUUGUGCAUCAUGGGACUACUUGUCUGAUUAGGGACUACUCACUGGAGUAAGAGUCUGCAGGAUCUUUUGCUUUAGUUUUCCAACCAAAUUGGAAUGUCUCAAUCAGAAUUAUUUGUCCGAAUUUUCAAAAAUUGCUAAAUCAUUUACUGACACGCCAAAAAAUGUCAAUGCUCUCUCAUUGCCCACAAAGUCCAUCUAGGCAACUUUCCCCUCUCUUUUACGGGAAUUUUUCCCUCUUGCUUUCUAUAUGGUGAUAAUAUUUUAAACUGAUAAAAAUACAUUUAGAUGUGUUUUGAAGGGCAAAAGGUCAACUCUUCUUAAAUGUAUUUUUGAACUUAUUUUUCCUUUCACUUUGUUCUAAAUUCUCUUUGCAGAGGUGAGCCAGCCUGGUAUGGCAUAGUAUAGGUACCUCCAGCCAACCAUGGGUAGGUAACAUUUUGAUACCUAUCCUCUGCCUCUGCUUGGAGUUGUCUCAGUUCUUCCACUAAAAGUUGAACUUCUAUAUAGCAUACAUCACAGCAUCUGAAAAUGCUCCUUAGUUGAUGCUAUGAUAUUACUAGAAGUGGUACUUUGGCACGGUUCCUGCAUCUGGUUUGGAGUUUCAGGAAUAGGUCUGGCUUUCGGGGUACCUUCAGGCAGUGAGUAUUUCUAUGUUGGCUCAUCUCUAUUCUGCUCAUAAAAGGGUCAGUGUGAUUAAUUGGACCAUAAAUGUGUAGCUGGUGCACUUUUGGAAACAGGGUAAUUAAAUAAGACAACAGCAAAAAUAAUAAUAAUUACUACUAAUCCUGAUCUCAAAGUGUGUGAUGUAAUUAUCCAAAAGUAGUUUUGAACCAGUGAACAAGAAUCCUUUUACUUUCAGAACGUACAUUGAUCAGGCUGUGUGGUGUUAACUGAUUUCAAUCACGUAUUGGCAGUUCUGACUCAAAGGGCUUUGGACCAUCUUAAGUGGGAGAGUGCACAUUUUAGUACUGUAUAAAGUAAUAAAUAAUAAUAAUAGCAGAUCUACCAGUAUCUGGCAAAAUUCAUUUAUAAUUGGUUGCAAGGAAUGAAAAAUAGGGAAGGAACCUACAUUGCUAGAAGUGUUGAUUCAAAUAUAACAAAUGAUACUCAGCACUGUUUACCAUCUGCCAAUUAUGUACUUAUGGAUUUCACAUUUACUUAGGCCUGGUCUACACUGGGGGUGGGAAAAUCGACCUAAGGGACGCAACUUCAGCUACGAGAAUAGUGUAGCUGAAGUCAACGUAUCUUAGGUCGACUUACCUUGCAUCCUCAUGGCGCUCCCCUGUCGAUCUGCUUCCGCCUCUCUCUGCCAUGGAGUACAGGAGUCGACAACAGAGCGAUCAGGGAAUCGAUCGCUACCCACCAAUCCGGCGGGUAGUGUAGAUAUACCGUUUGAGUUUCACAGUUUAUAAUGAUCUGUGAUCUACAUUGCAUGCUUGUUAGACCAUUGGCUAAACUUUCAGCCCUUUGCACAUUAUUUGGGGUGUGUAGUAGUACCAUGCUGUAAAAGCCUGUUGAGCAAAAUUGUGAUGUGUUAAAAGAUGAAUUCUGACAGCUUCAUUGUCCCCUUGUUGUUGAUACUUUAUGGCAGUGUUUCUUACAAAAUACAUUUGGCAUCUGUGCCGUACAAGUCUGAAAAGGUCCUGUCAAAGCAAUUUUUGGCACCUGUUUUUCUCUUGCGUAAGUUUCUGCAGCGUGGAAGUUGGACUUUUAAAAAAAAAAAUCUUACUCUUAAGAUAUUAACUUUAGCAUUUGUUUUUGGGAAAUUUUGGAGUAAGUUUGUGCAAGAAUGUCAAGUAUAUUUUUUUUUAAAAGUAAAUAAAUUAGGCUAGUGGGACCUGAAUACAAAUGGUAUAAGAAUUAGAACUGUUGAUAAAGUGUAAGUGAAGCACAAUUACUUAGGUUGUGUCUACAUGAAAAAGUUUGAUUGGCAUGCAGCUGCAGACUUUUGAAUACACCUGGCCACACGCACACUUGGUGCUUCUGUUGGUGCUGUGAAUACUCCCCACUAGUGUAAAGUGGAGUGCACCAGAGGUAGGUAUUCCAGUAUGCCGCAUGCCACCAUCUGCUGCAAUGCCAGGGAUUUCUGGGAACUAGGAGUCAGUUUUCCACCAUGCCAUUUUCUUCAUCCUGUAGUGCUUGCCCCAAAUCCUAUAAUUUUUGCACCAUUUUUUAAAACUCCCACAGUCCUGCAAACUUAGGGUGACCAGACAGCAAAUGUGAAAAAUCAGGACGGGAUGGGGUGUAGUAGGAGCCUAUAUAAGAAAAAGACCCCAAAAUCAGGACUGUCCCUAUAAAAAUCAGGACAUCUGGUCACCCUAUUCAAACUGCUUUCCUGUCUCUGCCAUCUGUGGCAGAAGCCUGGAACCUACAUAGUUCAGCACAAUUCUCAUGAGCAUUGCUAAUAUAAGAUGAACAAUUCUCCUGUAUUUGCAGAACUUGAAUGAGUACUACUACAAUUGGUCAUGCAAGGAAGAUAUGGAUAUGCUUAAGCACAAUAACUGGAUGCAGACAGACAUAGCCGGGGGGCGGAGGCAUAUCCAGAGCAGCUCCACAUGGUGAAUCUCUGCUUCUGGGCCUGAGAAACUAGCACUGAUUGAUGGGAUUGCAUUGUAAUGCAGGUUUAGGAUGAUGAGUAGUGGCUGCAGAACUUUUGGAUGCAAAAGACCAUGUUCAUGGAUCUUUGUGCCAAACUCACUCCAGCCCUCCAGUGCAGACACACCAAAAUAAGAGCUGAAUUGACAGAGGAGAAGCAAGUGGCAAUUGCACUCUGGAAACUUUCAAUACCAAAUUGCUAUCAAUCACCGGCCAGUCAUGUUGCAGUUGGAAAAUCCACUGUAGGAGCUGCUGUCAUCCAAAUGUGUAAGGCCAUUAAGCGUGUCCUGCGGAACAGGACUGUGACUCUUGGCAAUGUGCAGAAAAUAGUGGCUGGACUUUCAGGAAUGGGGUUUCCAAACU